AUGAUUCCAACCCAACCUCAGAUCACCACCAACUGCCCAACCCACCCUCAAGAUCAUCCACCCACCUGCCAACCAAACCCUCAAGGAUAUCCACCCAACCAUGCACAACACUCAAAGAUCAUCCCACAUGAAUGCCAACCCCAACCCCAAGAUUCAUCCAACACCUGCCAAACCCAAACCAACAAGAUCCAUCCACCCACCUGCCAACCCAACCCUCAAGAACCAUCCACCCCACACCUGACCAACCCAACCCUCAAGAUCAUCCAACCCAUAACAACCCAACCUCAAGAUCAUCACCAUCCCGGCCACCCAAUCCUCAAGACCCAUCCACACACCCUGACAAACAACCCUCAGGACCAUCCACAUCCCUGCCAACCCAACCCUCAAGACCAUCCACACACCUGCCAACCCAACCCUCAAGACCAUCCACACAACUGCCAACCCAACCCUCAAGACCAUCCACACAACUGCCAACCCAACCCUCAAGACCAUCCACACACCUGCCAACCAACCUCAAGAUUCAUCCACACAUCUACCAACCCAACCCUCAAGACCAUCCACAUGCCUGCCAACAUAACCAUCAAGACCAUCCACACACCUACCAACCCAACCAUCAAGACCAUCCCACAUGCAUGA